AGCAACAAUUUCAAUAUGGAACGAAAUUUUUGUGUUUCUAUUUGGAAACCGUGGGAAUUUAAAAAGCAAUUUUUUUGGGUUGGACCUCCUAAGAGUUGUCUCUUAGAGAGAUGUUAUAGCCACUAUAUACAUAUACAUACAUACAUAAUCCCGCAUACCAAGCGCCCCCAAAGCUCUGCAAAAUGCUCUUGUCGGCGAUCGUAUCCUAGUUCACUCGUUUCCUUUUGGGGAGAGAAAGGUAUAACAAGAAUUUCCACCAUGUUACAACAAAAUAGGCAAGACACUAAUUCCCUAGAUAGAGAAAGCAGCAUGGAACUGAGUGAGAAGAUUGAGGAAGGUUCAACUUCUGGAGGUGGAGGAGCAGUCUACAGCAGUGAGAACGUAAAGAGGGCAAGGCUGAAUUCAACAUUAGCAGCUCUACUAGACGACCCUGUUCUCGCUGAUGUCCCAAAGAACCCUACUUUAUCCGAUGUUGACACCCUUAUUAGCUUGGAGCUUGGUAGUGCCAUGCGUAUCUCAGUUCUCAAGCCUGAUUCUUCCUUUGAUGUUGUAGUCAUGAAUACUGCGACAGUGAAGGAUUUAAAGCUUGCUAUUAAAAAGAAAGUCAACGAUUUGGAGCAAUCACGGAUGGGCCAUCGUCAAAUUUCUUGGAAACACGUAUGGGCGAAUUAUUGCCUCUUGUAUCGCAAUGACAAACUUCUCGAUGAAAGUACAGCACUUCAGGAUUUUGGCAUACGCAAUAAUUCUCAGGUGCAGUUUAUCCCUUUUGUUGUAGCGAGGCAAUUUCAGAAGCAUACUCGGAGCAAAAAACAUCGCUUUUUCCACGGUUUGAACAAGUACGCGUGAGGCUGUUGUUACCAGAGCUUUAAAUGGUCCAAUGUGAUAGACAUUAGUCUUAUACAAGAAGAUACUUGCACUAUUACUUCAAAUAAUCAUUUAAAUACUCCUCUGUCCGUUGAAAUUGUAAUAAUAGAAAUGACACAGAUUACAUAAUAGUGAAAAUGUUGAAAUUGUGUGGAUAAUAUUAAAAAGAGAAAAAAUAUGUAAAUAAAAAUUAAAAAUUUAUUGUGGAGAAAUUUCAUUAAAGGAAAUGUGGCUAAGAUCGAGGAUUUAAAGAAUUUUGUGUGGAAAUUUCAAAUGGAUAUUCUUAGAUGUAUGAUUUAGCCUUUGUUGUAUCAGCAAGUUUUGUAAUU